UCAUUUCAUUUCGUUCAUCAACAAUCACUUUAGAUUGUAAAUAAUUAUCCAAAAAAAUCAUUUAAUCAUUAUAAAAAGCGUUUCGGCUAUUUAAAAGUUAUAGUUUUUCAACACAAAGUGUCAAAAAUUCUCUAAUCACUAAAGAAAAUCGCAAUGGAGGAUUUAUCAGUCAAAAUUAUGCCAUCGAUGCCAGAAAAGUUGGAAAUUCCUUCAGGCGCUAUGGGUCCCACCGAUAAAGAAGUCAUGGCACAACUUAGCACUUCUCAUCCUUUGCAAACAUCUGAACUUAAAUUUGCUGAUCAUCAACUUAACUUAAACAGUCAAAUGAUUCGCAAUCAUCAUGGAAUUGGUGCUCAACUAAGAUACAUGAUGGAAAUCAACUCGGCAAGUAAAGUUGGACGUUUGCCUUUUUUGCCUUCAAGCAAUGUUUCGCGUGAUGUUUUACUUGGAUUAGACGAAAUGAUCACACCAGCAGACAUAUAUGGAACACCUGAAUUCUCGGAGAAGGUUUGUCAACCUCACGCCGUUAUGGAGAAGCGUAUGGGAAUUUUAUAAACAUUGAUUGUAUUUUGAUUGCGACAUAAGUUUCAAAUAAAAAAAUUUCUCAAUUUCCUUGUAUUCAAUAUGGAGAUCUUUAUUAUAAAUUAUAAAUUG